GUCGACGACUUCGAGGUCUUCAAGACGCUCGGCGUCGGCAGCUUCGGGCGCGUGUCCCUCGCGCGCCACGAGGCGUCGCACACCGUGUGUGCUCUGAAGGUGCUGUCCAAGUCGCUGGUGGUGCUCACGAGGCAGGCGCGGAACGUCAAGUCGGAGAGGGACCUGCUCCUGAGCCUCCGGCACCCGCUGAUCCUCCGCUGCUACGGCACAUUCCACGACCUGGACUGCCUCUAUCUCAUCCUGGAGGUCGUCAUGGGCGGCGAGCUCCACCGGCUGCUCCACGGCGACGACGGCAACGAGAGGAACCGGCUCCCGCUGAAGGACGCGGCCUUCUACGCGUCGAACGUCAUCCUGGCGCUCAAGUACGCCCACGGGAAGCGCGUCCUCUACCGCGACGUCAAGCCCGAGAACCUGCUCGUGGACCGCAACGGCUACCUGAAGGUCGUCGACUUCGGCUUCGGGAAGCGGCUCGGCGACGACGAGCUCCGGUCCUACACGAUGUGCGGCACGCCCGAGUACCUCGCGCCCGAGGUCAUCGACGGCAGCGGCCACGCCUUCGCCGCCGACUUUUGGUCCGUCGGCUGCCUGCUGUUCGAGAUGCUCGCGGGGAAGACGCCGUUCGUCUCCGAGGACGGCUCGUACAACCAGAUCUUGCUCUUCAAGACCAUCAAGUCGGAGGACCCCGUCAUCCCGGCGACCUUCGACGACCCGGCGCUCGCCGACGCGAAGGACUGCAUCCUCGCGCUGCUGGACCGCGACGCGAACGGCCGGCUCGGCGCGUCGAAGCGCGGCGCGGACGACGUGCUCGACCACGCGUUCUUCAAA